AUGAAGAUGCAUCCACGAGCUGGUUGGAGCUGUGCGGUACAACCGCCGCAAUCGUCGCUUCUCCAGCUUCUCGCUUUGGUUCUCAUGUGUCUCUGCACGCACAUCACUUUCGUCAAAGCAGCCAUAGUGGACACAAGCGUGUGGCUGAACGCACCGGCGCCAGUGUGGCAGACCAUAAUAAGCACCCCGGAAGGGGAAUACGCCAUAAAGGCGAUGGCGCAGAUAGACUUUACGACUGCAGUUAAAAGUCUCGACAUCAGUGCAAGUGUCACUGUGAAGGCCUUGACGCCGUAUGUGUCGCCGACAAGCGGUCCGGCCUACGGCGCUGGCAUUUCAUUCUCUGUGACGACGAAUAGCUUGACAGAUUCCCAGGUACUUUCGGCAGUGCGCAGUUCUGCUCUGCCCAGCAUUAACAACUUCUUCGCAACUAGCGCGAGUCUUGUCGUAUUAGUCAAGGCGCUGGGGGCUGAUGGCCCGUCAGCCAUGGCCUCCGUUGGACAGAUGCUGCUACCGGUGACGGGGUCAACAUUUUUCUGGCAGGUGCUCCUCGAUACGCUCGCGACUGGAGGUUCUGCGGCCCCCAGUGUCUUCAUGAUGCCACUUCAGAUCGACAUGCAGGAUGCCGUGGACGUUACUGUACAGAGCUACCUCGCUGAAAUGACGCCGGCAACAAACCAAGUGAACGCGUCGAGCUUGUAUGUAUCAUACGCGGUCUGGGCUUUUCCUGGCACGGAGGUAGGCCCCAGUACGUCGUCGGACCUCGAAGAGCUCGUGAGGAAGUCUACGCUGCCUGAGUUUAACAAUUACAUGAGCACGCUGAAGGAUACCUACCCGGGUCUUCAGGCUUACUCGGAUCUUUUCCCUACAGAGGUGCGAUUUUGGACGCCGCCGUCUGGCAACCCCUUCGAUCCUGAGAGUACUAACCCGAAUGCCGACUUGCCAGCCCUUGCCAAUGACACGGGCGACUACUUUCUCCUGUUCCGCGGCGACGCUGGGACGUGGGGCCAAGUGUGGGAGCGCAACCGCCUUGCCGUCUCGGCAUCAAUCGAGAGCGCGAUUGAGAAGAGGCUGCAUCGACGUUCCUUCGUGAAUCACGUCUCUGUUAUCUCUGCUAAGACAGUGACAAGUGACUUGGAGCACAUUGCUGGGCUGCAGGUUCUCUGCCGUGUUGUACAGGGUAUCACGAGGAUCUCGAGUCACCUGUGGUCCCCUGAGGAGAUGGCGUCACUGCUGUUACAGGGAGACUACAGCGCCACGCAGGCCCUCUACUACUCGGGUGGCAGUGUACCCCCGGAGGGUCUGAUGCAGCCCCAUGCGGCGGUAGUUCAGCCGAUUCCGUUGGCGACCGUCCAAGACGCACCCGGCACGCUCGCCACAACAAGGGUGAGCUACGACUACAGCGUCACACUGAGCAAAGCGGUAGUCGGUAUUAUUUCCAUGGCUGCAGUAAUUGUCGGCAUAUCCCUCGUCGUAAUCAUCAUCGCAGUGGGCCUCUCCUUCUGCCCGAAGUACAUCGGCGGCGGCACCAACACGAAGUGA